AUGGACCCGGAGGAACUCUAUACCAAGCAAAGCUGUAUUGGAGGGGGCAGUUUCGGAAAAGUGUACAAGGGAGUGGACAAGCGCACAGGUCAAGCGGUGGCCAUCAAGGUCAUAGAUGUGGAAAAUGCGGAAGACGAAGUCGAAGACAUCAUACAAGAGAUUUCGAUCCUCUCGGAAUUGCAGUCGCCAUACGUGACAAAAUACCACGGCUCAUACCUGAAAGGUUCGGACCUCUGGAUUAUAAUGGAGUUCUGCUCGGGCGGCAGUUGCUCAGACCUGAUGAGACCAGGCCUGAUCCAUGAAGAUUACAUCUGCAUCAUCAUUCGAGAACUACUCAUGGGAUUGGACUACUUGCAUUCCGACAAGAAGCUGCACCGCGAUAUCAAGGCUGCCAACGUGCUUCUCGGCCAAAACGGACAGGUCAAGCUUGCGGAUUUUGGUGUGUCAGGACAACUCUCAGCGACCAUGACCAAGAAGAAUACCUUCGUGGGCACUCCAUUCUGGAUGGCACCUGAGGUCAUCAAGCAAUCAGGCUAUGAUCAUAAAGCGGAUAUCUGGUCCCUUGGUAUUACAGCAAUCGAAUUGGCACAAGGAGAACCACCCUACGCCGACAUCCACCCCAUGAAGGUUCUUUUCCUCAUUCCAAAGAAUCCCCCGCCAACUUUACAGGGCAAUUUCUCUCGCACAUUCAAGGACUUUGUCGAGCUCUGUCUCCGCCGAGACCCUAGGGAACGACCCUCUGCCAAAGAGCUGUUGAAGCAUCCAUUUGUCAAGAAAGCCAAGAAGACCACUUACCUGACCGAGCUCAUUGAGAGGAAUGAGAGAUACAUGGCAACUCGCGGCAACCGUGUCUCCGAUGAUGAAGAAGACGAAGAACCCAUAAGAGCCGCGGUUCAUCGACCAGAGGAUGAAGACCUCUGGGAUUUCGGUACCGUUCGACCCGUGGGAGGUCGUGGGCCGGGACUUCGACCGAUGAAUGACUCUGCCACAAACGCAAGAGCCUCUGCAGAUCCAGCAACCUCUGCACAGAGCAUGUCAGACUGGGAUGAAACGGUAAAGGUUCCCUCAUCGCCUCAGAAGUCGCCCGUCAAAGGCGCAUUCCCGACCCCUGCAAAAGUACCACUACCCCCAUCUCCCGUGAGAACAACAAUCUCUGCUCCCGACGAAAAUAAGGCCCCGUCCGCGGUGUCCGUACCUUCCACCGCCCCGAAGACGCCAGCUGCUCGUGUAGCGACGCAAAAUCCACCUUUGCCACCGCACAAAGACAGUCCUGGGUCGAACGAAUACAACAAAGCAUUCCAGGCUCAGCUGGCCAAAGAGAUGGGAUUCUUGAAGCUCGAUGCCGAGGACGGCCCAGGAUCGUCGCCAUCUCAAGGGCAGACUCCUCCAGGCAAGAAACCCCAAAUGGUCAUCCCUGAAAUCCCGCCUUUCAAAGGCAAGCCAGGACGAGGUGAACCCGUGCAGAGGUCCCAACAAUCUACAUCUUCCAGACCUGUCAGCCAACACCCUCUUCCACACUCUUCAUCUAUGCUCUCUGGUCAGUUAGCAGUGGGUCCAGCCUCGAUUGCCAACCAACAGCCACUGCCGCCACUUACAACAAAGACAAACGUGUCCCAGACAACAACAUCCAGCGCGAGUGGCACACAUGCACAAAGCCUCAUGCCAGACCCGAAUCAAGAGCUCACCGCGCUCAAUUCGGUGCUUAUCCCGGCUCUUGAGGCAGCAAUGCAUCGUCGGACGUAUAUGUUGAAAGAACUUGCACGAACAAGUAAGUUGAGCUCAUCUGGGGCGACAGAAUUGCACCAGCAGAGAGUACAAACACACGAAAGGGUUCGCAAACUUGCUGCCAAAGUGGCGGGUGUUUUUCACGAGAUUCAGAAGUGCGAUGAGGAAUUCCCCGUUGGUAUGGGAGGCGGAGUUACAGAGUUCCUAGAAGGUUUCUUGGAGGAAAUCCUGGUCCGGGUCGAAGCAGCUGAUGAGCCAGAGUCCAGCCCUCCCAAAAAGGCAUGA